AAAAUAUGCUAGUAAUGAUAAUUGCUAAGAACUAUUGAGUAAAUCUGCACCAAAAUUCCAUAAUCAGACUUCGCAGUCGUCUUUCUAAUCAUGUGAACGGCCAAAUGCAUAUGUAAGCACUCCGAACACAAGUUGUGAACCUUUGGAUACAUGUGGAAUAAAAUGCAGCAAAGGAGUUAUUUUCACCGUGUCAGUGUAGUUUGUAUUCAGCCAGGAGAAAAGUGAAGCCAGAUGGCAUAUGAGUGACACAAAGAACGUUCAACUCUGCUGCCAGAAACAGAAAAAGUGAACCAUGAAUCUGUGCAGACGCCGACGACAGGUAGACAGACACCUCUCGAGAAAGAGGUUGAUGCGCAGUGCCGGUCACAACAUCGUGUCUGUCUCAGUGCCAGACAAACACCGGAAGUACAUGAGCGACAUCUACACCACGCUCAUCGACAUACAAUGGAGAUGGAACAUUCUUAUUUUCGUCGGGGUCUUCGUCUUCACUUGGGUCAUCUUCGCUUGCUUCUACUACUUGUUAGGGUCUCUCCACGGAGAUUUGGAGACCAACUCAACGAUAACGCCUUGUGUGGAGAACGUGAAUUCCUUUACCAGUGCCUAUCUGUUUUCUAUCGAGACAAUGACCACUAUCGGAUACGGCUUCCGCUCUCAGACCGAGGAGUGCCCAGGGGUGUUCUUGGCCGUCAUGUUACAGUCUAUUCUUGGAGCCGGUCUUCAGUUCGCCUUGGCUAGUGUGGUGGUAUCGAAAACAAGGAGAGCGAAGAGGAGGAGCGGAACUGUGUUGUUUAGCGACAAGGUGUGUAUUUAUGAAGACAACACUCACCUGCAGCUCUCUGUGAGGGUUGGAGACAUGAGGAAGUCAGAAAUUGCCGGGGCUCACGCUAAAGGAUUUCUAAUUAAGAAGUACAGAUCACACGAUGGAACUUUUGUUCCUGUGAGGUCCUACCAAGUGAGCUUCAAGGCGGAAAGUGGCAGAGAUGAGAUCUUCCUCUCCUGGCCGACUCAAAUCUUGCACAAAGUGGACGAAGCGUCAGCUCUGUGGUCCCUUUCAAGGGAUGAGCUCCUGAGCGGCAAGUACGAGCUGAUUGUCGUCAUCGACGGCGUGUGUGUGUCUACCAGCACGCCUUUCCAGGCUCGCAAGUCGUACCACACUACGGAGAUGGUGUGGGGCCACAGAUUUUCAGAUCUUGGUCUCAGUCUUAACUGCUCCGGAAGUUACGACAUGGACUUGUCAAAUUUCAAUGGCACUGUUCCGGCAUCGACACCGUUGUGUAGCGCCCAAGACAUCAACCACUUGCGGGAAAUGUACAGAGCAAAUCAUCCCGACGAAACGGUUGGAGAAAGACCCAAUGAAGGCUCCUUGUCUAAAGAGGAUGUAAGAGGCAGCCAGGUGAAGGAGAAAUCUUCCAAAGUUCUCAUGCAGCGGAGAUCUCACAGUAUGGAAGAAGCUACGGGAAAACCCAGAGGUCAACACAACCGACGGUGCUCUCUGGGAGAUCUUAUCCGCACAGCACAAGGAGAAGGGGCUGGGGGAGGGAACAGAAUUAACCAUCUCGGCAACGCACUUAACAUUUACAGACACCGCUUGAGUGUGACUGAUACGUAUCUUGGGUCAGAUAAUAUUCUGGAAGAGGUGGAUGAAGAUGACGACGAAAACAAUCAGGCAAUUUUGACCGUUGUCUCUCAGAGGUCUCAAGACCGCCUGGAGAGAAGGACGGACGUUCGAGACGUGUUCAAAAAGAAAAAGAGCUCAGUGACCCAAUUGUUCUUCGGCACGGAGCCUGCCAAAUCUGGAGAGGAAGGUAUAGGGGGCGAGGGCGUCUACUGAAGCGAGAGUGAUUUUUAGCUAAAGAGUGGAAACAGCAAGAUAGAUUGAAAAAGAACAAAAUGCACAUUCCCUCUCCCUUUCGACCCCCUCAACCCUCAAUCGAGCUGUGUCUGUACCAAAACCUGUAACGCUUUGUACAUGCUGUAUUUUUGUUUUUUCGUAAUUCAUAAAGACGCACCAAAGGCAUUCACGAGAGAUAUUUCCGAAAGCUAAUCUGUUGAUCGCCGCAGAGUAGCCCUAUCAACAAGAAGUAAUACGUAUUUGUAUAGGACGCACCAAAAUGGUCAAUUAUACGCAUACACUGUUACCACCUUUUCUACUGUCCGUUACAGAAGACACCGAAUGUAUAUCACGAGAUGGUUCAAUCUUACAUUUUAGCCACUUUACAACCCCCCCCCCUAAAAAACAAACAAAAAACUUCAUCAAAAUGCCGACGGUGAUUGUUACAUUAGAGCCUGUGUGACACUGUUAUAAGGGAUUGACGUGUCUGUGAAAAGAGCCUGAGCAAAGAGUGUUUUUAAAGAACUUCUGUUUGAGAAAUGAAAUAACAUAAGAAUUUCUUCCGCCCCGGUGGUGAUAUUUGGAAAAAUCCACCCUUUACUUGUGAGGACGCUUUUUUGUAGAGAGAAUAAAAAUCUUUGAGAAAAUUGUC